AUGAUCCAGGAAUUACUGUGUGCUGCCAUUAUCAUGGCCGGUGCUGAUGCCGCCUUCGGGCGCACGUUUGCUGGUACCGCUGCUUAUCCCCAGACUUUUGUUGAUGAAUUCAAUCCCCUCAAAUACACAGGCAAUUUAGGCCCCUACAGCCAGCGCCCUGGUGUUGGUAUCUCUCCCGAUGUCCCUGCUGGCUGCAAGGUCGAACAGGUUGUUCUAUUCGCCCGCCAUGGUGAGCGCUAUCCCACACCGAAUGAGGUGACCGCCCAGGAGAAGUUGCUGAGCAAGCUCAACAAGUGGGCCCCCAAGAAAGGCUUUGUGGGAUCGCUCACUUUCCUCAACAAGUACAAGUACUUCCUGCCCAACGAGGGCUAUGCUAACUUGGAGAUUCCCUCCGGGCCCUACUCUGGUCUCGCUGGCUCAUUCCAGUUUGGCGCUGAGUUUGCCGGCAAGUAUGGUGAUCUGUGGAAUGACGAGGUCUUGCCUCUUUUCAGCGAUGACUUUGAGCGUGAUCUGGAGACUGCUCGCGCCUUUGGCCAGGGUUUCUUAGGAUUCAACUACAGCACUUCUGCUGCCAUCAAUACCUACCCCAGCUUCGAGACAUGUGACGCCAAGAAGUGGACUACUUGCGACAUUAAAUCCAACUCCUCUGGAUUCCCUGCCAACAAUUUGCGAUACCCCGCUUUUGAGGUUGCUGCUCUGCGCUUGAACGAGGAGAACCACUUGAAGCUCACUGUCGACGAUGUGUACACUUUGCUUGCGCUUGGAUCAUAUGAGAUCUCGGCCACCGGCUCUUCUCCCUGGGUCGAUGUUUUUACUACCGAAGAGUGGUUGGCCUUCCAGUACUCUUACGAUGCCUACUUUGACUGCUACUUUGGCUCCCAGUCCCCUCGUGCCAAAGCUGUAGGCUCUUUGUUUGUUAAUGCCACUGCUGAGCUCUUGAAGAAGGGCCCUAAGGACUCUUUGGCUCUUGCACUCGUUUUCGGCCACGAUGUUGACCUCACCGCCAUCCUGGCUGCCAUGGAUCUGGCCACCCCUUCGCGCAAGAUUGAUCCCAAGACCAUUAGCUUCAAUAACAACUUCCGUCUUACCGAUGUGGCUCCAAUGGGCGCUCGUUUCGUUAUCGAGCGUCUGUCCUGCAAGGCUCCGGGUCUCACCAACGACACCAACCUUGUUGGUAUGACGAACUCCACCACCCCACUGUGGAACUCCAACUGGACCAGCCCCGACUCCAACUUCACCGACUGGUACCCCAACAUCACUAUGACCAACUCGACCAGCGCCUCGAACGGCAGCAUGUGGAAUGGCACUAUGUGGAAUAGCACUAUGUCGAACGGCACUAUGUCCAACAGCACCUGGUCGAACGGCACUUCUGGCACAAACUCCUCCUCGAGCUCCAACAGUACCAGUAGCGGUGGCGCCUCGUGGUCCGCUAACGUUACUGAGACCACUUUCAUCCGUUUCGUCCUUAACGAUGCCGUUGUUCCUUGGGACCAUGGCUACGACGGACCUGGAUUCUCUGUUUCACUCGAGAAGUUCCUCGAGGUUGUGGACAAGCAGGUUGAAGCCGCCGACUACGAGACCGUUUGCGGUACCAAGCCCGAACCUUUGACGUUCUUCACCAAAUACAACACCACUACCGGCAUGGACUAUGAUACCCAUCCCAUUCCUUUCCAGGCUGGUCAGUAUUGA